AAUUUGCGACGGAAUGUUUGUGUUGGGUUCCUUGGAAAUGCCAUGGUGCGAAUCGGAUACUUCUAUGGAAAAAUACGGAAGUUCUGUACAGUCCGCAUUGUUGAAAUGAAGUAUCUCAAUGUCGCAGAGAAAAAUGACGCCGCGAAAACCAUCGCCGGCUUCUUAUCGAAUGGAUCCGCUAGACGGCGCGAAGGAUACUCUGUGUAUAAUAAGAUUUACGAGUUUGAGACAAAUGUACGGGGCCAGAAUGUGAAAAUGGUCAUGACUUCUGUUUCUGGACAUUUGAUGAGUUACGACUUUGUUUCCUCGUACCGCGGCUGGAGUGCGUGUGAUCCCCAACAACUGUUUGAUGCUCCCGUGCGGAAGGCCUGCAUUCAAGAUAAUGAACCCAUAAAAAAGACGCUAGAACGCGAGAUAAAAUCCUGCCAGGGGCUAAUAAUUUGGACCGAUUGUGAUCGAGAAGGAGAGAACAUAGGGUUCGAAAUAAUAGAAGUUUGCAAAGCGGCGAAACCGAAUAUUCGAGUAUUUCGUGCGAAAUUUUCGGAAAUUACUGCUACGUCUGCUCGUAGAGCGCUAGCCAACAUGGGUGAGCCAGAUGAAAGACAGAGUGCGGCCGUAGAUGUCCGACAGGAAUUAGAUUUGAGGACUGGUGCGGCAUUCACACGAUACCAAACGAUGCGCCUUCAGCGAAUAUUUCCCGAACAAGUGGCAGAAAAACUGAUUUCUUAUGGAAGUUGCCAAAUUCCUACAAUGGGAUUCGUAGCUGCAAGGUACAAGGAAGCUGAAGAUUUUGUGUCUGAGCCUUUCUGGAAAAUAAAAGUCACACAUACCAUAGAUGACCUAACGGUUGAAUUCAACUGGGAUCGAAAUCGUCUUUUCGAUAAAGAAGCUUGCGAAGAUUACUUGCUGCUUUGUCUUACCGAACCGACUGCCAGAGUCGACGAGGUUACGGUAAAACCGAAAAAUAAAUGGCGGCCUGUUGCGUUGGACACAGUAGAGCUGGAGAAAUUGGGGUCGAGGAAACUGAAGAUUAACGCCAAGACAGUUUUAUCUAUUGCAGAAAAACUUUACCAACAAGGUUACAUCAGUUACCCGAGAACAGAAACUAAUCAAUUUUCGAAAGAAAUAAAUCUAAGAGCGCUCGUAGAAAACCACACAGCCCACCCAGACUGGGGAGAGUUUGCUUCUCGUGUUUUGGAAUGGGGUGUAAAUCCACGCAACGGAAAUAAAUCCGACGAAGCUCAUCCCCCCAUUCAUCCCAUAAAAUUGACGUCAGGUUUGAGUGGGGAUGACCAGCGAGUAUACGAACUAAUUGUCCGUCACUUCUUGGCUUGCGUUAGCAAAGAUGCUACCGGUUCUGAAACUAUUGUGAAAAUAACGAUUGCUGGAGAAAAGUUCCAUGCAAAUGGACUUUGCAUCUAUGAACGUAAUUAUCUGGAUGUUUAUCCAUAUGAAAAAUGGAAUGCGAAGCAAAUUCACAGAUAUGAGAUAGGUCAAACGUUUGAACCGACAGAAAUUACAAUGCAAGAAGGGGCGACAACGGCUCCUCCGCUGCUAACUGAAGCCGAUCUGAUUGCGUUGAUGGAUAAACAUGGGAUCGGUACCGACGCCACGCAUGCUGAACAUAUUAAUACCGUUAAAGAAAGGGGUUAUAUUGGAGAAGUUGAAAGAGGGCUUCUAGUUCCUGGAACAAUUGGAAUGGGUUUGUAUGAAGGCUAUCAUGCAAUAGAACUGCCGUUGGCAGAGCCGUUUCUACGCGCUGAGUUCGAGAAUGAUUUGAAGAAGAUUUGCACCGGAGAAGCGAAUCCAAAGCAAGUUUUGGAGGAACAGAUUCGAAAGUAUAAGGAAGCAUAUCGUGUAUUGAACGAAAAGAUUCGUAACUUGGAUGAACAAUUGUCUAAGAGACUAAAUGAAGUACCUCAGCAGGAUAACACUGCGGAAGCACCACCAACAGCUCGUAUUGAAGAAGUACUGCCUUGCCCAAAGUGUUCGCACUCGUCCCUUUUGUUAAAACGAAAGAAAGACAACACUAAUUUCUUUCUUUCGUGCGCGCGGUACCCGGAUUGCAAAAACACAAUUUGGUUUUCCAGUGAAAUUAAAUCCGUAAAAGUUAGCAACAGUACUUGUCCCAAAUGCGGACCGAAAUAUAAUUUGCUCGAAUUCAAAUUUAAACAGAUAACUUACUUGGCACUUUUGAAUGCUUCUCACCUAACUUAUUCAACAUGCAUUGUCUGCGAUAGAAACUUCCAAAAAGUGUUUGAUGUUAGCCUAGAAAAAGUAAAGCGUGUGGGUGCCAUAGUUUCCGAUCAGAAUAUUGGAAAUCAGACUAGGGUCAGUUCGACUACUGUUACGAAUAGGAGUGCAGGUUCUAGUAGUAGUGUCAGCGGAGAAAAUAGGGGUAGCAUGUUCAACCGGAAUCCGAACACUCAGAACACAUUACCAAAUUCGAGGAAACACAGUUCUCUUUCGUUAAGUGGAAAUUCGUCUAGAGGAGCUCCGAAAUAUCGUGGAUGGGGAGACUAUUAUUCAAAGCUCAACCAAGAGUCAAACCCUUCGAGUGGAAAUGAAAUCCAACCGUCUACAACCAAUUCCAAUGUCUGGGAAGAUGACUUCGAUGAUAUAUUUUUAAACGAUGACUUGGAGUUUGAUACCACUGCAAGCAAUACUGUCAGAGAAGGUGGAAGCAAUAAUUUAAUAAAUAAUCGAGAAACAUCGCCGUCGAAUUCUUCCCGACGUACAGGUGAAGUGGGUGAAAUUUCUACCACUUCAGUAUGGAGCAAUCGAGACGAUUUGGAGCCUAGAAGUAACAACAGGACGACAUUAUCAUGGGGCUCGUAUGGAGGUACAGUCCAAGUAGAAGGCACUUUCAGAACUUCAUCACGCAACAACCAAAAUAACGAACCGAGAAAUGAUGUUCGGUGUAAGGUCUGCAAUCAAGUAGCGAAAAGCUUAAUUGUGAGAAAAGAUGGACCGAAUAAGGGCCGACAUUUCUUCACUUGCAAAAGCAGCUGCUCGUUCUUCCAAUGGGCGGAUGAAGUUAGUAAUACGGAGACACGUGUGCAAGAUAACGAUGCAGAGUUUGCAACCAGUGGCCGUUGGCGAAACCAAUCUGAUAAUUCUUCCAGUGUUUUGUGCUCUUGCAAUAACCCUGCGAAUGAGAGGACAGUUCGUAAAGAGGGGCCGAACAAAGGUCGGCAGUUUUAUGUUUGUGCGAAGCAGAACGCAUCCUGCGAUUUUUUCAAAUGGGCGGAUGAAAAUACAAACCCACAUUCAGGUUCGGCUCAUGAUAGCGACGAAAUACCAACGUGGGGCACAGGACGGAGUCAUUGGAACAGAGAUCAACCAUCAACUUCACGGGGAACAAACUCAUCUGGGCGUGACCAGCCGCCAAAACGGCGAAGGUGUGGAAUUUGUCGUCAGGAAGGUCACACUAGAGUUAAGUGUCCUAGGCAGGAGGAAUUUGGUGAUCGCUACCGAAAUCAGUGAAUCGUGUUAUACACAAAAGGACUUACGUUUUUUAGUUAUGGUUAUCGAUAUGAAUUCGCUUCUGUCCAUUGAAAUUUAUUUUUUUUUAUAGACGGUGCUUAUCUCAUUAUGAUUGCGAAAAGUGUACAAAGCAGAAUAAAGUAGGAUUUUUUCCAAAA